AUGGAAUCCAGAGUGAACAGGACUGGUAUUGUGACUGAUAUUCAUCCCUGCUACAAAAUAGAAGAUUUCAGUUACAUACUAACUAGUAGGCCUUCCAUCAUAUGCAUAUUGCUAUACACAUCACUUGCAUUAUUAUGUUUGGUUACAAUUUUUGGAAACCUUCUUGUAAUAAUCUCGAUUAUUUAUUUCAAACAGCUCCACACUCCUACAAACUACCUUAUUCUGUCUCUGGCUGUGGCUGAUCUACUUGUCGGGGUUAUUGUCUUUCCUCUUAGCAUGGCAUUCUCUCUUAGCUCAUGUCUGUAUCAUGAACACUUUUUUUACAGAUAUUAUGCAGUGUGUCAGCCUCUGAUGUACAGAACUAAAAUAAAUGACCAUGUUGUUACGAUUAUGAUUGUGGUGAGUUGGGCUGUUUCUGCUUUAAUUGGAAUAGGAGUAAUAAUAGCUGGAUUAAACAAUGGAAAAUGUGAGGAAAGAUGUUUAAUUGAUGUUCUUAUGGAAAACACUAUUGGACCUAUUUUAUCAUUUUACCUCCCAGUGAUCAUAAUGCUGUGUAUCUACUUUAAGAUUUUCCUUGUUGCUCUGAAACAGGCACGCAGCAUCCAGAACACAAAGUCUGGAGGAACAGCCAGUAAGACGGAGAGGAAAGCCACCAAAACUCUGGCUAUAGUUUUAGGAGUUUUUCUUAUCUGUUGGAGUCCUUUUUUCAUUUGUAUCACCUUUAUGCCUUUUACUCAACACUCGGUACCACUUCCUUUGAUUGAAACACUGAAUUGGCUCACAUUGUCGAAUUCAAUGCUCAAUCCAUUUAUUUACGCUUUCUUUUACAGCUGGUUCAGAUCAGCUUUUAGAAUGAUUAUUUGUGGAAAAAUAUUUAAAGCCAUCUCUGCUGGGAGCACUUCAAUGGACUCCCAGCAGUCAGCCAAUCCGGAUCUAGCCUCUCUCACCCAAACAAGCUGCUGCAAACUGUCAGAUCACUUCCACAUCAGGCCACUCACAGUGAGCCACUUGCUGCCACAAGCAGUGGCUUUCUUCUCUUCUUCAGGGCUCUGA